AUCCUGGGCCGGUUCGGCAUGCCUCGGCCGUUACGGAACGCGACUCUGUUCCGCUUCCUAUUCAUAUCCACCAUGAUGCUCCUCGCUUCCAUCACUCGCUCCCUCCCCCUCCGCCGCCUUUCGGCUUCCUCCAUUCCCUACCACCGGCGCUGCCUCCUCUCUGCCGCCUCCUCCCAACGUCAUCGCCCAUCGAAAUCCUUUCCUUGUCCUCUCUGGUCCGCUUCCUUCUCCUUCUGCCUCGACCGCCGCGGCAAAUCUACCAUCCCCGUCCACUGCUCCGCCGCCCACAUGGCCGCUGCCUCCGACGAAAGCCUCGAUUCUAAUCCUCUCCUCCAAGAUUUCUCUCUCCCUCCCUUCGAUACCGUCGAGCCGAAGCACGUCCGCCCUGGAAUCCUCGAGCUCCUGAAGAAACUCGAUGCGGAUCUGGUGGAGUUAGAGAGGAUAGUGGAGCCGACGUGGCCCAAACUGGUGGAACCGUUAGAGAAGAUUGUGGAUCGGUUGCAGGUGGUUUGGGGCGUCGUCAACCAUUUGAAGUCCGUCAAGGAUUCACCGGAGCUUCGAUCUGCUAUCGAGGAAGUCCAGCCAGAGAAAGUUAAGUUUCAGCUGAGAUUGGGACAGAGUAAGGCUAUAUAUGAUGCAUUCAAGGCUAUUCAGAAUUCAUCAUCGUGGGCAACCCUUAGUGAUGCCCGUAAACGUAUAGUAGAUGGUCAAAUCAAGGAAGCUGUUCUGAAUGGUGUUGCUCUUGAAGAUGAACUCAAAAAGAAAUUUAAUGAAAUUGAACAAGAGCUCGAGAAACUUUCACAAAAAUUUAGUGAAAAUGUUUUGGAUGCUACAAAAAAAUUUGAGAAAUUGAUUACUGAUAAGAAGGAAAUUGAAGGAUUACCAGCUACUGCCCUUGGUCUUGCAGCACAAACAGCUGUAUCAAAGGGACAUGAAAAUGCUACUCCUGAAAAUGGACCUUGGAUAAUCACUUUAGAUGCUCCGAGUUAUAUGUCUGUUAUGCAACAUGCAAAGAAUCGAUCUUUACGUGAAGAAGUUUAUCGUGCUUAUGUUACACGUUCAUCUAGCGGAGAUCUUGACAAUACUCCUAUUAUUAAUCAAAUUCUUAAGUUGAGGUUGGAGAAGGCUAAGCUUCUUGGGUAUAAGAACUAUGCCGAGGUCAGCAUGACAAUGAAAAUGGCCACGGUUGAACGAGCAAAUGAGCUUCUUGAAAAAUUGCGCACUGCUUCGUGGGAUCCUGCUAUUCAAGAUAUGGAAGAUAUUAAAACUUUUGCUAGUAAUGCUGGUGCUGCAGAGUCAAAUGAACUGACACAUUGGGAUAUUACUUUCUGGAGUGAGAGGCUUCGGGAGUCCAAAUAUGACAUCAAUGAGGAGGAGCUGAGGCCAUAUUUCUCACUGCCGAAGGUAAUGGAUGGCCUUUUUGCCCUUGCUAAGAAGCUUUUUGACAUUAACAUUGAACCAGCAGAUGGACUUGCACCGGUUUGGAAUAGUGAUGUUAGAUUUUAUGCUGUCAACGAUUCCUUGAACAAUCCGAUUGCCUAUUUUUACUUUGAUCCUUAUUCACGACCUUCUGAAAAGCGUGAUGGAGCUUGGAUGGAUGAGGUCUUUGCUCGUAGCUGUGUGUUGGCACGUGAUGGUGCUCCUGUUAGGCUGCCUAUUGCACAUAUGGUGUGCAAUCAAACACCACCUUUUGGUAACAAGCCUAGCCUAAUGACAUUCCGUGAGGUUGAAACUGUGUUCCAUGAAUUCGGUCAUGCACUUCAGCACAUGCUCACUAGACAAGACGAAGGCCUUGUUUCUGGAAUUAGGGGCAUAGAAUGGGAUGCUGUUGAGCUUCCAUCACAGUUUAUGGAGAACUGGUGCUAUCAUAGGAACACUCUUAUGAGCAUUGCAAAGCACUAUGAAACUGGUGAACCUCUUCCAGAAGAUGUGUAUCUGAGGCUUCUUGCUGCAAAAACUUUUCGUGCUGGGUCUUUGAGUCUUCGUCAGAUAAGAUUUGCUAGUUUAGAUUUGGAACUGCAUACCAAAUAUGUUCCUGAUGGACCUGAAUCCAUCUUUGAUGUUGAUCAAAGAGUCGGAAGGAGGACACAAGUUAUUCCUGUUCUUCCAGAAGAUAGGUUCCUUUGCAGUUUCAGUCAUAUAUUCGCAGGUGGAUAUGCAGCUGGUUAUUAUAGUUAUAAGUGGGCUGAGGUGCUGUCAGCUGAUGCAUUUUCUGCAUUUGAGGAUGCUGGUUUAGACAGUGAUAAGGCAAUCGAGGAAACUGGUCACAGGUUCCGCGAGACCAUUCUCGCACUUGGAGGUGGAAGAUCUCCACUGCAGGUUUUCAUCGACUUCCGAGGGCGUGAACCUUCACCAGAACCGCUGCUUAGACACAAUGGACUGUUGCCGGUGGCCGCCUGAGAUUGAUGAACAACUACUGGAGCUCAUCUUGCUUCAAAAACUAUUUGUGCGAUGCGCCAGAUGUACUCCUCUAAACUUCAAAUGAUCUUAAUGGCAGGUACAUUCUUAGGCAGACAGAGAAGCCUUGAGCUACAGUUAAUAGACAAGUUAAUAAAUCCCCCUCUUGGAUUUUUCAUUUUUGAAUCUGUGCUGGUGUUUAUAUACCCGACUCUCCGUGAAACACAAUCUUUUGCAAGCUUAGUUGUGCUCCUACUCUUUCAUUAACAUACUUUGAACAAAAUUUGAUCUA